GAUCCUUCCCAUCCUUGUGACACAACGAGAGCGAGACGCUGAAAAGGUGACUUCUCUCACUGGGCUUUUUCCUAGGUGGAGGCAUCCUCGGAAGCCGUAUACGAGAUACGCAUGCAGAGCAGCUUCCAUGAUAUGUGUAUCUAAACACACCUAAUAAAUAAUGAGCGCAGCCACCAUGAGCAACCUUUCGGAAGGCCCGGUCUUGGAGAAAUCUGGAAACGGACCGGUCAGUAUCGGAGGCCCAGAUGUCGCGGUUGAGGGAAACAGUGGCAUGCGAUCAGGAGACGACAUUGUCGCCGCCACGAUACACUUUGAUCGCCUGAGUCCAAAUGAAGUGCAGAAAAUUCUGAAGGCGCUGCAGCCAUAUGAUAACAAUAUGAAGGUGGUGACCAAAAAGCAACUCAGCGCUACUGCCAGCCUCAGCUCGUUGGGAUACGGCACACAAGACCCAUCCGAGAUACUCAGUGGUGACUUCAGGAAGGCAGAUCUGGAUGUAUCAGCUCAAAGCCCACUUUCUUCUCUCGAUAGCCCGACAGCAAUGUUACAUGCCGCUCAGGGCCUUAGGACUGUAUUGAAUAGUUCAGCGAGCAGCGACCUUCCUAAUGUCAAUCUUACUAAGCCAUUGGCCGACGCGGAGUUUACAGCCCCCUCUGUUGUAAAAUGUGGUUCCGAUCUCGACGGCACGUUCAUAGCACCCGACGUCAGGUUGGCGAGUCCCCACAUUAACAAUCACAGUGCUUCUCUUGACAUUGACAAACCGCAAGUGAAGUCAGGUAACCUCAAUUACAAAGCCCCACACUUUACAAUGCCAAAAUUUAAUCUACCAACGGUCCAAACGUCAGAGACUGAUGGUGACCUAAACCUAAAACUUCCUUCUGUCAAUGGCGAAACAGAGGGACUAAAGCUGUCUUCACCAAAAUUGGACCUCAAUAGUCCAAAUGUAGAGCUGAAUGGACCGAACGUUGACUUAAACGGUCCCGACAUUGACAUUGAAACCCCAAGUCCUGACGUUGGUGUAUCAUCAGAUCCUUUCAAGUGGCUGCACCAAAGAGGGAAGGGACCAAACCUGAAGUUGAAGAAGCCCAAACUUCCUGGCGCAAAAGCAGAUCUGAACAUGGAUGCAGGCCUGAAGACACCAGAAGCUGAUGUAUCAGUCCCCAAAUUGGAGGGUGGGUUACAUGGACCAAAUAUUGAUGUCAACAUGCCAAAUGCCGAUCUAAAGAGCCCCGAUUUGGAUAUUCAGCCCCCACAGAUCGAUGGCCCAUCUGGUAAAUUUGUCUGGCCGCAUCAGAAAUGGAAGAUACCAAAAGUAAAAGGUCUCAAGGCGGAUUUAGACGCAGAUGCGGGAUUAAAAAAUCCUGAUUUAGAUCUCUCGAUGCCGAAGCUCAAGAGUGGCCUGAAUGCCCGGCUGGACCUUCCAAAAACUGACCUCAGAGGCCCCAAUGUAGACAUUAAGACCCCAAAUCUUGACAUUGAUACGCCAUCUGUGAAAAAAAACUGGCACCUGAAGUUGAAAAAACCCAAAACACCCGACCUUAAACUGAAUACAGACAUAAACACACCAGACAUUGGUCUCCGCAGUGGAAGCAUUGAUGCUGGUAUUAACGCACCGGAUGUUGAUCUGAACUUACCCAAAGCAGAUUUAGAUGUUAAUGCCCCAGAUGUGGACAUUGAGGCUCCAUCGAGUAGAGUCAAGUUCCCCACGCUGAAAAAGCCCAAGUUUUGGCUUAGCGGACCCAAGGUGAAAACCCCAAGUGUUGACCUUGAUACUCAUGUGGAAACCCCUGACCUUAACUUUACUACUCCAGGUGCAUCACUUCAUGGCCCUGGUCUGAAUUUACCCAAAGCUGAUGUUGAUGUUAAAGCGCCUGAUGUGGAUGCAUCUGUAAAGACCAAAUGGCACACCUUGAAAAAGCCUAAAUGGGCCAUCUCGGGUCCAAAGGUUAACGGUCCAGAUUUAGAUGCUAAUGUUUCAACACCUGACCUGAGUCUCACAGCUCCAAAUUUGGAUGGUGAGUUAAAUGCGCCAGAUCUAAAAGUGAAAACCGCCGAAUUGAAUGGACCCAAGGUAGACAUUGAUGCUGAAGCUCCAUCUGGAAUUUUCAAAUGGUUCAAGAAACCCACAUUUGGUACGGUGAGAGGUCUAAAAUCAGAGGUUGAUGGUGAUAUCAAGGUGCCUGAAGUGGAUCUUAAGGCAGCUGAUAUUGGAUUGACAGGACCAGAUGUUGCUCUUUCACCAAAAAUUGAGGCUCCAGAUCUCGAUGUCAAAGGUCCAAGUUUAGAUGUCCAAACUCCCGAGGCGCAUAUCGAGCCAAUUGAUGGUAAACUGAAGCUUCCAAAACUUAAAAUGCCAAAAUGGCCCAAAGUUAAAGAUCUGGAUACAAAUGUAAAAACUCCAAGUAUCGACGCUAAUGUCGAUGUUCCAAAUAUAGACCUACAAACACCUGAUCUUGACAUGAAUGCAGACGUCAAAGGUCCACACCUUGAUGUGGCUUCUCCAGUUCUAAAUGCGCCAGACUUGAGUCUUUCGGGUCCCAAAAUCGGUGGUAGUUUGGCAUCUCCAGAUUUGAGUCUCCCGGGUUUAAAUGCGACCACGUCAGCACCGAACAUAAGCACUAAAUUGCCAAAUGCUGAGCUGGAAGCACUCAAAAGCCCAGAUGCAAAUGUGAAAACACCAGUUCUAGGCUUAGAUUCCCACCUGGGGGACUUUAAAUUGCCUCAUUAUAAGCUUCCAAACCUGGAUCUUUCAGGCCCUGGAGUUGAAGUUCCCAGUACUCAUCACUCAGUUCAGGCUGGAUUGGAGACACCCAAUGUCAACAUAGGUGCGCCUGACGCAGAUGCCGACAUAGACCUAAGUGGUGGGAAGAUUACAGGUGGCAUAAAGGGACCGGAAUUUAAUGUGGAAUCUCCAAAGGUAGAUGCUGGUCUGGAAAAAAACAAAUUGCCGCAUUUCAAGCUUCCCAAACUAAAUUUGUCAGGACCAAAAAUGAAAAAUCCUGAGGUCAACACUAGUCCAAAACUGUCACUUGAUGGCAAAACUUCACCAGUGACAGUCUCCAUCCCUGAAAUCAGCACCAACACUCCAGAAAUAGCUGUUAGAGGUUCUCCAAAAAGUAAACUGAAAUGGCCCUUUAGAUGGGGAUUUAGAUCCAACUCACUGGACACCGAGGAGCUCAUAGGCAACGCUGAUGCUCCUAUAUUCAGAGUACACACCUUGCCUAAAAAUUACAUGGACAAUAAACGUGAAACUCCAGAUUUCUUUAGCCUGUCCAAAGCAGAAAUCGAGGCCAGGGAUUACGUCGUCAGCAAAGGAGUCCGUUUGCCUGUAGUCAAUGUACCGACGAGAAACGGAGAAAGGAUAGACAUCAUGGAGAGGUUGAAAAUGGCACAAGAAAAGGUGUCGCCGACAGACGAGAAAACUAUCAGCCUGAAGAUGGCUCCUCCGACCGUCGAUGCUGACGGUGACUCCAGUUUAGUUCGAGGAGGGACUUAUAAAGUGGAAAAACCCGAAUCCCCGCUGGGCUUGGUUGCUCCUGACAUAUCGAGCAGAGAUGAAAGUGACAAAUUGUCACUCAGCCUCUCCAAUAUGCUAUGCCUUAAUGUCAAUAAUACAGAUGCUGACUGCUAAUUUUGCAUGAAGGUGACCCAAGCUAAAUGAAGAAGAGAGAACUUUGUUCAUAUUCGCUGUUAUUUAUAUAUACAUAUAUAUAUAUGGAUCGUUCUUCCUUUAAAAAAAGAUGAAUGUGGAAAUAUAUCUUUCCUUGCACGCAGCAUUCGUUGUCAUGUAACAUUUUCUUUUCAGAGAAGUAAUAUCAUUUUCCUUUUGAUGAAGUAACUGUGAAUGUGAUUUAAAGCUUGUGUUCAAUAAAAACAACACUACAGUGGUAUGAAAAAAUAUCGGAACCUUUGGGAAUUUCUCACAUUCCUGCAGAAAAUCACCAUCAAAUAUGAUCUGAUCUUUGUAAAAAUCACACAGAUGUAAAAACAGUGUCUUCUUUAACUAAAACCACCCAAUUAUUUAUAGGUUUUCAUUUUUAAUGAGGACAGUGUGCAAACGAUGACAGAAGGGGGAAAAUAACUAAGUGAACCCUCUGCCUAAUUGAAACCAAUUUUUACCAAACAAUUUAAGUCAGGUGUGUGUCCAAUCACUGACAAGCAAUGUUCCCUCCAUGCGCGCGUGCGCAAUCACGGACUGCUGGCACCUACUCUGCGCACAAGAAAUUCUAUGUUGCGCACAAAAAAAAAAAUCAACAGAAACGUAUUAAUUGCGUUGUAACUCGGUGAGUGACAGGUGUCCAGCAAAUGAUACGAUAAGGUUCACUUCCGCUACGCUGUCAAUCAUAGCAUUGACACUGCUUUUGUACUGCCCAGCCUACACGCGCGGUGUAGGUUAGCAAGCUGACAACAGUGCGUGAGUGCAGCGGAGUUGAGAGAUGGAAAGGUCAACCCCUUAUCAUGGCGAAACGAACGGGCAGCGACACAUCCAUUCACCAAGCCAGAGUAAAAAAGAAAUGCGGUUCAUAUAAGAUGGAGUGGCUGUCGGAGCAUGGGUAAAUAGACGAAAAAGCGGUGAAACUGGGCGAUAUUUGCAGCGAAGCCAAAGUACCAAGUGAGUUUUCAGAUGGAAAAAUGUGGACUGAAUGGAAGUUGGACUACCUCAAGCGUCAUAUUCAGCAGAAAAGUCAUUUGAAAGCUAUUGAAAAUUACGAAGACUCAAGAUGGGACAGGGGAUUGGUACAUUAUUGCGGGAGAAUGCAAAAGACCGACAGAAGAGAAACGAGCUGUCCCACAAAACAAAACCUGACCUAGAGCAAGUUGAAGUUCUCAUUGACGAUAUUUUACUUGCCAUCGAAAUGAAUGCGUCAAUAGUGUCAGUUCAACAAAUCCACAAUCACAUGGCAAAGGAUGUGAGUAUACCAGAAAGCUGGCGAAGUAAAAACUAUGCCUUUGAAUUUGUAAACUCAAUCAAUGAGAUAGUGGAGAACGAGACUAUGUGAAGUGUUAAAAAUGCACACUGGCAUACACUGAUAGUAGAUGAGAGCACUGACAUAUCAGUACACCAAAUGCUAGUCCUAUAUAUCGAGACGUGAAAAAUAAGGUACAAUUUAAGUCAGAUUGGUGUGUAUUCUAGUGACAUUUAUUAAGAUAUUUUAAUUAUUGAUAUUAAUCAUUAAAUGCUAUUACUACUAGAUAAUAUACGGACAGAAGAAAAGGCAUGAAAAGGCGUGAUACUGGUGUGUGGCCGCUAUGUACCGUAUUUUUCGGACUAUAAAUCGCACUUUUUUUCAUUGUUUGGCAGAGGGUGCGUCUUAUACUCUGGAGCGACUUAUAUGUGAACUUAUUCAAACAUUAUUAUAUCAUUGUUGCUAGUUAGCAUGUUCUUUAUGCUAUAGUUAUCUGAAUAACUCUAAAUAGCUACGUUACAUUAACAUACCAGGCAUGUUCUCAGUUCGUUGUUUAUGAGUCAUGUAAUGUUAGCAUACCGUACACUUAUUCAGCCUGUUGUUCUCUAUUGUAUUUUAUUCUAAAUUGCCUUUCAAAAUGACAUGUCUGUUGUUGGUGGUGCAUUUUACCAAAUAAAUUUCCCCCCAAAAUGCGACUUAUACGCCGGUGAGACAUAUGUUUUUACCUUUUCCAUGCGCAUUUUUUGGCUGGUGCGACUUAUAGUCCCCAAAAUACGGUACACAUCUGAUGUUGCUCACCGUGGGCCGCAGUGUGUUCAGGGAGCUUGUGUGUUUGCUCAGACACAUAAAAAAAUUAGAGGGAACAUUGCUGACAAGUGGUUUAAAGCUGCCCUGCCCACUAUAAAACAAACACCUGGUAAGAAUUGUUUUGAUGAGAAGCAUUGUCUGAUGUGCAUCAUGGCUCUGUCUAAAGAGCUGUCUGAAGACCUGCGAUCAAGGAUUGUUGAUUUGUAUGCAGCUGGGAAAGGAUACAAAACCGUCUCUAAAAGUCUGGAUGUUCAUCAAUCGACAGUCAGAGAAGUUGUCUACAAAUGGAAACAGUUUGGCACGUUUGCUUCUCUCCCAAGGAGUGGCCGUCCACUAAAGAUGACGGCACGAGUUUAGCACAGAAUACUCAGAGAGGUAAAAAAGAUCCCUAGAGUGUCUUCUAAAGACUUACAGAAAUCACUGGCACAGUCCAAUAUCUAUGCGCACACAUCAACUAUAUGGAAAACUAUGGCCAAGAAUGGUGGUCAUGGGAGGACUCCACGGUGGAAGCCACUGCUGUCUAAAAAAAAAAAAAACAUUGUUGCUCGUUUAUUGUUCGCAAAAAGGCACUUGGACACUCCACAGAGGUUUUGCCAAAAUAUACUUUGGACUGAUGAAACCAAAAGUGAAUUGCGGAGGAAAACUGGAACAGCUCACCAACAUCAACACCUCAUCCCCAACCUAAAGCAUUCUGCCUCAAGGCCUGGACAACUCACGAUCAUUAAUGGAAGAAUGAAUUCAAAAAAUUAUCAGGAUGCCUUGCAGGAAAACCUGAGACAUCUGUCAGACAGUUGAAGCUAAAAAGAGGAUGGAUGCUGCAAGAAGACAAUGAUCCAAAACACAGAGGUAAAUCAACUUCAGAAUGGUUUCAGAAGAACAAAAUGCACGUUCUGGAGUGGCCAAGUUAAAGUCCAGACUUGAACCCCAUUGAGAUGCUGUGGCAUGGAAUCUGACUGAACUACAGCAGUUUUGUAUAGAGGAAUGGGUCAAGAUAAGUCCUGAUUGAUGUGCCAGACUGAUCUGCAGCUACAGGAAGCGUCUGGUUGAAGUUAUU